AUGGCAGCUUCCUUGUGGAAAGCAUGGCCAACUUCUCUUUCUUUUGUUGUACACGGUUUUAUCAAGUGUCCAGUUCGGACAGCACGCAGUGAUGUUUUCCGGCGAUCUGUAAGAAUAAUCACCCCGGAAGAACAAGAGAAACUACUGUUAAAAAAACAAGGAUACAUUGUUGAUGAUGGACCGAAUACAGAAUCUCACAUCGACAUAGCAGAUCAUGGAGCAUCUCAAAAGAAAACGAAGAUCAAAAAUGAUAAAAAUAUAAAUUUUUCAAAACAAACAAAAGCCGAAACACAACUUUUAAAAUAUGAGAAGCUUCAGGAAGGGGAUAAAAGAUUUGGAACUUUAGUGAACAAUGCAAAGUCAAAGAAGUUACGCCAAAAGAAUCAACAGAUCUUGCUGGAAGGUGAACGCCUCAUCUCUGAUGCCCUCUUAGCUGGUGCUAAGUGCCGUUCUAUUUACUUCACCAGUAGAUUUGACCCAAACAAAUUGCCCUUGGACCCAUCCAGUCAAAUUCCUGUUUACAAAGUCAAGUAUAAACAUAUGCAGCUGUGGUCAGAUGUGUCAACGCCACCAGGAAUUAUGGCUAUUUUCCAAAUGCCUGCAAUGGGAGAAGCUGUUAUUCCACAGACCCAAACAAUUCCACUGACUUUGAUCUGUGACAAUAUUCAGGAUUCAGGUAACAUGGGUUCUCUCAUUCGAACUGCUGCUGCCGUUGGCUGUACAAGAAUCCUGACGACUGUGGGUAGUGUUGAUGUUUGGGAGCCAAAAGUUCUCCGGUCAGGCUGUGGCAGCCACUUUCGUAUACCUAUCUUUAAUAGUAUUCCUUGGUCUCAAAUCCCAAAUUAUAUUUCUUCAGAUGCCCAACUUUUACUGGCAUCAGCAUCUGAAUCCAUUUUGAAGUUCAUCGCUUAUUCUCUGCAGAAUGAUGAUGUCUCUCCUUGUGUCUGCAAUGCAGAACAGGACUGCUUGCAAGAGCCGUUUUAUAUAUGA